UUUUCCAUUUCCAAUGUGCUUUAGAUUCCGAUAACAUUGAGUGUACCACCUGAAUAAUACGAGUGAAGCAAUGAUUGUAUUUAGUCAAUUCUUAUUAUUAUUCGUUUUAAGUGUUUGGCUGCAAAGUUCUGUUGCUAAUAUUAAAAUGCAGGAGGCUGGAAUUGUUCCUGACGUAAUUGAUAUAGCCCCAAAUAAAACUGUCCAGGUCACCUAUCCAAGUGGAGUAGUAGUUGAUCAAGGUAAUGAAUUAACACCAACUCAAGUGAAAGACCAACCGUCACUACACUGGGAAGCAGAUGAGAAUGCUCUUUACACAGUACUGAUGACAGAUCCAGAUGCAUCUGCAGAAUUUAGCGAAGUAAGACACUGGUUGGUUGUAAACAUUCCUGGUAACAAGGUAUCAGAAGGACAAUCAGUCGUGGACUACGUUGGCUCGGGACCACCAUUAGGUUCUGGCAAACAUCGUUAUAUUUUCUUGGUAUUCAAACAACCAAGUUCAAUAAAAACUGAUGUGUAUAUUUCUAAAACUACAAGAACUGGACGUACUAAAACAAAGGCUCGUGAUCUUAUAAAGGAAUACAAUUUGGGUGUUCCCGUAGCUGGUAAUUUCUAUAGAGCAGAAUAUGAUGACUACGUUCCAACUAUUCAUGCUGGUUUUAAAAAUUAAUUAACAAAAUAAUAAAUUGUUUAACAAAAGGCAGAGUGCCAUUCAUAA